CCUGGCCUCGCGCGGGUUGCCCUGGUCUCGCUCCCUACAGCCCGGCGGAGCCGAGUCCAGAGGGGCCACGCCACACCCGCUCUCCGCCGACCCCGACCGCCCCCUAGGCCCCGCCUCCGAGCCCAUGGCCGCGCUGGGACCCCGCGCCUUACGGGCUGCGCUCUGUGGCGGCUGCUGCUGCCUCCUCCUGUGUGCCCAGCUUGCUGUGGCUGGUAAAGGUGCUCGAGGCUUUGGGCGGGGAGCCCUGCUCCGCGUGAACAUCUGGCCAGCUGUCCGAGUGGCCUGCACACAGCUGAAGCCCUGUGAGCAUUGUGUGGAGGGGGACCGAGCACACAACCUCUCCGGCUGUGUGUGGGAGCAGUGUCGGCCGGAGGAGCCAGGACGCUGUGUGGCCCAAGCGGAGGUGGUCAAGGAAGGUUGCUCCAUCUACAACCGCUCAGAGUCAUGUCCAGCUGUGCACCACCACCCAACUCAUGAACCGAAGACAGCCACAACAGAGAGCCCCUCGGUCCCUGAGGCCCACAGCCCCGGCUUUGACGGGGCCAGCUUCACCGGAGGCGUGGUGAUGGUGCUGAGUCUGCAGGCAGUGGCCUUCUUCGUCCUGCGCUUCCUCAAGGCCAAGGACAGCACCUACCAGACGCUGGAGGAGAACCAGUAGGUGACAGCCCAGGCCGCCUUCAGCCUGCAGCUCUGUGGCCGCGGGCAGGAGCCCAGGCCACGUGUGCGGUUUGGUUUUCCUCUGAGAAGGGGAGCUGCUCUGAGGCUCUGGUCCCCAUGUGUGCUGUGGGGUGGAUCGCUGCAACCUCCAUUAAAGUGUUUGCUCUUCUGCCCACUGCCUGCUCGGGGGGGCGUCCUCAGCCCAGCUGAGGUGGGGCCACCACCCUGAGUGCCUUCUCUGUCUGCCCUCUGCAGAAUCUGACCCCCUUCAGGCCCGGAUUCCACACUCAGGGGAAAGAGGAUGAAGAAGCUGCCCUCUCUUGGCCCCCUUAAGGGCCCUCAGGGUGGGAAAAACUUUGGUCACCAAAUUGUGGCCCCUGUGAACACUGAGCAGACUCAGGACCCCAUAGCUGACAUCCCUUCCUGUCCUGGGCCUGGUUCGUGCAGAUGAGAGCAUCCUUCAACCACCUUCUGCCUCAUCCGUCAUCCCUGUGGGCCCCCGCCUGGUACUCGGUAUGGGCCUGGCCUCUUCCCAUCGACCUGGCUUGGACACUGCCCCCCAAUAAAGGAGCUCUUUCCAGCA